AUGGGAGAUGACCAGUAUGAUGCUUUCUAUGUGCCUGGUCAACCGAGGCCUAAGAUACUUCCAGAUCCUACUACAGAUAGGCUCCGUACCCUGGAAAAGAAGAUCAAAGCCAUAGAAGGGAAUAAUAGCUUCGGCGCUUCUACCAUGAACAUGCGUUUGGUAUCAAAUUUAGUCAUCUCGGCUAAAUUUAAAACUCCUGAUUUCGAGAAAUACAAAGGACAGACUUGCCCAAGAAGUCACCUGGUAAUGUACUUCAGGAAAAUGGCUGCUCAUACCGAAAACGACAAACUACUUGUACAUUGUUUCCAAGACAAUCUAAGUGGAGCAUCUCUGAGAUGGUACAUGAGCUUAGAGCAGGGGCGGAUUCAAAGCUCGGAGGAUUUAGCUGACGCAUUUCUCCGUCAGUAUAAAUAUAACUUAGAUAUGGCACCCGACCGUAUGCAGUUACAAGGGAUGGCUAUGAAAGAAAACGAAUUGGUGAGUAGUGCAACAUCUGAUUUCGCACAUCUAGUGACAAUCAGAGAUCGCAUAGAAAAAGGGUUGAGGGAUGGAAAGAUUCCAGGAGCCAUGACAGCCCCUAGCGCACCGAAAAAGUUUUUUGGAGGCUUCCCGAAGAAAAGAGAAGGUGAAACAAACGCUAUAUCCAAAGGCUAUAAAGGGAAGCAACAGGCUUCAUAUGGCCAAGUCGCCGUCGUGGUACCCAUACCUUACCAACAGCCGGUGCAGCAACAACAAGUGUAUCAACCACAACAUCAACAACAUCAUCAUCAGCAAAACACCGCGCCACCAAGACAAUUCAAGACAAGACCUCCAAUAAGGCAACUCGAUCCCCUUCCAGUACAUUAUAGCCAGAUAUUCCCAUAUCUGCAAAAGGAGGGCCUUCUAACAUUAAGGGAAUUAAAACCAGCUAUUUUUCCAUAUCCACCCGGAUACGAUGCUAACGCCCAUCGUGAGUUUCACAUGGGAGCACCUGGUCAUACCUUGGAGAAUUGUUUCGCAUUUCCAAAUCAGGUACAAGACUUGAUCGAAGAAAAGGCCAUCUCUUUCACUCCGAGACGCCCGAACGUGAACACCAAUCCCGUGCCAACACAUAAGGAUGCUUCCAUCAGUGCCAUUGAGGAGAGUGAUCAAGGAAAAUUGAUCCGUAAGGUUGAAAAGAUUCAAACCCCUAUCGCCAGGAUAGGAGCACAAUUGCUGAAGAGUGGUCUAGUCCCGGAGGAGCUAAUUGCUGAAGAGAACAAUAAAAAAUUGAGGAAUUUUAUACAACAAAUGUUGGAUCGAGGCGAGUUACAGAUAAAUUUAUGUGUCAAGAGCAAGCGCCAGGAAGAGAUAGUCGUGGUGGACAUCCCUUAUGAUGAGGUUAAAGUGGAAAUACCUAUAAGCCCAUUGGUGAGAGAGUUUCCAACACCGUUCGCCUAUGAAAAUGAGAAGGCACUCUCGUGGAUAUAUCAGCCCAGAGGUUUUAAGCAGGGGCAGGAAGACCAGCCUUUGAUGAUCAACAAACCAAACAUCACCUCGAUUGUGGGGCCGGUAGGAAUGACACGUAGUGGUCGAGUGUUCGCGCCAAGAAUUGUUGAUACUUCUGCAACGGUUAAAGGGAAGGAAGCUCCUGUCCAGAUCCUCGUCCCUAAUCAAGAAAUACAAGACAUGCACCUGUAUCCUAAAGCUGCAGUCACUCGUGAGGAGGCUGAGGAAUUUCUGAGGAUAAUCAAGAAGAGUGAUUAUAAAGGGGUGGACCAACUGAAUCAAACACCUUCAAAAAUCUCCAUGUUAUCUUUAUUGCUCAACUCAGAAGCACACAUGAAUUCAUUAUUGAAAGUAUUGAGCGUCGCUCAUAUCACGAAAGACAUAACGAUAGAACAACUUGACGACGUGAUAGCUUGUGUGACCACUGGGAUUUUUUUGGGUUUUAAUGAUGAUGAACUGCCGAUCAAGGGAAAAAACCAUAAAAAAGCCCUACAUAUCUCCUUGAAAUGCGUAGACACUAUACUAUCAAGGGUAUUAGUGGACACAGGUUCCUCACUAAAUGUCAUGCCGAAGACAAAUUUGAUAAAGCUGCCAAUGGAAGGGAUAAGUAUGAAGCCUAGUAUCCUAAUCGUAAAGGCAUUUGAUGGCUCAAGGCGAGCAGUGAUAGAAGAGGGGCUGGGUGGUUCUCGAGACGGUGGAAAAAGAACAAUCGUGGGUAUAGUGAAUAAUGCUGCUGGUUUUGGCACUGCUGGUGGUCAACCUGGUCAGAACUUGAAGGAUAGUCUUUUCCCGCCAUUCUUCGGGGUUGAAGAUGACAGAGAGGAAGACAGAUAG